CCGUCAACGCAACGACACGUUCUUCAUGAGAAGAGGCAAUCUACUUCGUCCCAGUGGCUGAAUCUCGGCCCAGUCGAGCCUGAUUCCAAAAUAGUUGUCAGGGUGGGAUUGAAGCAGAGCGAUCUCCACAAGGCACACGAGUACCUGAUGGAUGUAUCACAUCCAAAGUCUCCUAACUACGGAAAAUUCUGGACACAAGAUCAAGUCAUCCAGGCAUUUGCCCCGUCUGACGAAACGGCAUCCUGCGUUCAUGAUUGGCUUGCUCGAGCUGGUAUCGACAAGUCACGCAUCUUGCAUACCGAAAACAAGGGAUGGUUAGCUUUUGAAGCUACAGGAAGCGAGGUAGAAAACCUUCUGAAAACACAAUACUAUAAUUAUAAAAACACUAUCACAGGACAAAAAGCGGUGGCUUGUGAGAAGUAUCAUGUUCCUGACAAUGUACAAAAUCACAUCGACUAUAUCAACCCUGGAAUCCGACUCCCCAAGGUCAAUCGUCGAUCUCUAUUCACCAGACAGGAUACAGUACUUGGACCGGUGCAUGAACCCAAGACCCGCCCAUUCGCAGAACCAGUUAACAUGGGAAAUCUGUCAAGCUGCGAUAUUGCCAUAACUCCAAAAUGCAUUCAGGCAUUAUACCAAAUCCCACCGGCAAAUUCAGCGCAAGAUGGAAACUCAAUGGGCCUAUUUGAGGAGGGAGAUUACUACGCCGGCGAGGAUUUGGAUCUGUUUUUCAAAAACAUGUCACCGAAUAUUCCUCAGGGGACACGACCUAUAUUGAACGCGAUUGAUGGCGGUAGUGCCCCAGUUUCUAAAGCGAAGGCAGGAGUCGAGUCAGACCUAGACAUGCAGCUCGCAUAUCCCAUUAUCUACCCGCAAACUCUUACGUUGUUCCAGACGGAUGACUCUAAUUAUGCUACUGGGAAAAAGAAUUCCAACGGAUUUCUAGACACAUUCCUUGAUGCCAUUGAUGGGUCUUACUGCACGUCCUGCUAUGAGGGCCUGUGUGGUAGUGAUCUCAACGUCGACCCUGUCUAUCCUGACGAAACCACCGGAGGGUAUAAUGGCAGCUUGAUGUGUGGCACGUACAAGGCGGCGAAUGUCAUCUCCGUUUCGUACGGUGGUCAAGAACACGACUUUCCCGAAAAAUAUCAACGGAGACAAUGUAACGAAUUCAUGAAGCUCGGAAUGCGCGGGGUCUCAGUCUUCUUUGCGUCUGGUGACAAUGGGGUUGCAGGGCCAGCUAUUUUCGAUGAUCACCAUGGUUGUCUCGGGUCUAACUCCACCGUCUUCAAUCCAGGUUUUCCAAACAACUGCCCCUAUGUCACAAACGUCGGAGCAACAAAGAUACCCCCUGGCAAAACAGUCCAUGACCCCGAGGUCGCAGUCGUUGACUAUGCUGGCUAUCCAUUCACAAACGCAUUCGCAUCUGGAGGAGACUUUAGUAAUAUUUAUCCGACACCUGAUUACCAAGCUGAGGCGGUAAAAAAGUACUUCGAUUCCCAUAACCCACCAUACCCUUACUACAACGGCAACUCCAGCUUUGGAGAAAACGGCGGUAGAUAUAAUCGUCUAGGCAGAGGGUAUCCCGAUGUCGCUGCAAAUGGAGACAACACUGCCAUUUAUAACAAGGGAAAGUACGUUUUGUCUGGUGGGACAAGUGCUAGUGCUCCGAUCUUUGCAGCCGUGAUCAACCGUAUCGUAGAUGAGCGCCUUUCCAAGGGAAGGCCGCCGCUUGGGUUUAUCAAUCCAGUGCUUUACGAAAAUCCGCAAGUGCUGAACGAUAUAACCAGCGGGUCAAAUCCUGGCUGUGGCACUGAUGGAUUUAGUACAGCUCCUGGAUGGGAUCCUGUGACAGGACUAGGCACACCAAACUAUCCAAAGAUGCUGGAUCUGCUCGUAAACAUAGGAGCAGACUCUAAUGGGGAUGCGGGUGACGAGCUUCUGGACAGAAUUUGGUUCUAA